UUUGCUUGUAGUUUUCUUAUUGACCGUUCUGUAGGCGUAAAGGGCAGAGCAAAAAUUCAGAUUUUUCACACAAUCGGUAAUUCAGAUCACGUGACACCGAGUCCCAUAAGCUUGCACUAUCUAUCCUAUACCUCGUCUGUAUCGGUAGCACGGGUGAAAAAACUUUCUAACCUUUCAUGAAAUUUUGUAAUAGUGAGCUAUUAUGAAUAUAUACAAUUAACAGUUUAUACAGCAAGGCUGGUUGAAUUUCGCAAAUAAUGAAAAACGUGUACACCAAAAAUUAACGAGAAUGAAUCAAGCAAAUGUUGAGAACUUGGUCUCUAGGUUAAGAUACAAUGUUAAACCAAGACGCAAAUUUCGAAAUCUACAGGGUCCUGCAGGAAGAAUAGCCAAACUUCAGAAAACGUUAACCGCUUUAAUUAAAUACGAGAGACUCGAGUUGAACUAUCCGAGAGCGGACGAGACGAGAGGUUACACUGAGCGAUUAAUAUCGGAAGCAUUACGUCAUGGACCUGAACAUAAAGAAACAAUGGAACUUGCUGACUUUUGGAUAUUAGAAAAACAGCUAGUCCAUAAACUUUUCAAGGUACUCGUACCAAGAUAUCAAAACUAUACAACUGCUUAUACAAAACUUCAUAAAGCACCGACUAUAUACCCUGGAGAACAAUACAAGCGAGCUGUUUUAGAGUUGAAAGGCAAUAUAUAUCCUAGCGUAGAGCAACAUAAUCCAUAUAAAUCUGUUUUGCUUCACAAUAUAUUACUUGAUGCAGCUAGACUAGAACAAGAAGCCCAAAAGUUUGAAGAAAUUGCAAAUAAUGUGAACACAUAAAUAUUGUGCAACAAUUUUAUUAUCUAUUAAUAGAAGAAAUAUAAAAUUUUUAGUACCAAAU